UUUCCAAAUUCACUUUAAAUAAUAAUAAUAACAAACAAUUGCCCUAUGAGCUACCACAGCCGUGCCUAAAAAACCUGAUAGAUAGGAAAGGUGAAAAACCCAUCGCCUGAUGCUUGCAGUUUUUGGCACUGUAGCCAAGCAUUGCCCAGUGCCUUCACACACAACAGGCCAAGUCAGAAGGAGUUAUUACUUUCCCUCUUUAGCCCAGGGCAUUUCGUAUAACAUACCGAUCUGUUCUGGGUGGCCAGAACCAUCACCCUUUAAACAGAGUAGAAGAAAAUCGUUGUGAGGUUUCUGCUCUUUUUGUUUUUUUUUAUGGGAGAUACCUACUGAAAGGAGGCAUGAGGAAAGAUCAACACUUGCACAAAGCGAAGGACCUCUCGGGAUGCUUUUGAAGAACGCCUUGGGCGCAAGGAGUUAAUCUUCUCCCGGAUUUACCAGUUAUCAGAAAGGCUGUUUCCCCGGGAGCAGCGCUGGGCCUUUCAGCACUGGGCAGCUCCACCAUGGCUCCCUGCUGGCAGCUGCUUCUUGCCUUCAGGAAAUACCUGGUCAUCAUCCUGGUGCCCCUUCUCUUCUUACCACUGCCUCUGGCUGUUCCUAGCAAGGAGGCCCAAUGUGGGUAUGUUAUCAUCCUGAUGGCACUGCUGUGGUGCACGGAAGCUUUGCCGUUGGCUGUCACAGCCCUCCUUCCCGUCCUGCUCUUCCCAAUGAUGAACAUCAUGGAUUCGACAACAGUCUGCAGGGAGUAUCUGAAGGACAGCAAUAUGCUUUUUAUUGGGGGACUGCUGAUGGCCAUUGCUAUUGAGAACUGGAACCUACACAAGCGCGUUGCUCUGCGGGUCUUGCUCAUCACUGGUGUCAGACCAGCCCUCCUUCUGAUGGGCUUCAUGCUCGUGACUGCAUUCCUGUCCAUGUGGAUCAGCAACACAGCCACCACUGCCAUGAUGGUGCCCAUAGCACAGGCGGUUCUGGAUCAGUUGUACCAGUCAGGAAUGGGAUCUGAGGCACCCAACCAAGUGCUUGAGAAUGACAACAAGGCCUUUGAACUGCAGGAAGAGCCAACAAAAUCAAACAGCUUCAAAGAAACGGAGGAAAAAGGCAAUAACCACGUCCUGGCAGUUGAGGAAGGCAAAGAGAAAAGUGAACACCCUAUAGACGAGAAGCACAAGAAACUCUGCAAGGGAAUGUCUCUCUCAAUUUGUUACGCAGCCAGUAUUGGAGGGAUUGCAACUCUGACUGGGACAACACCAAAUCUGGUGCUGAAGGGACAAGUUGAUGAGAUCUUUCCCAACAAUGACAACGUCAUCAACUUUGCCUCUUGGUUCUCUUUUGCUUUUCCCACCAUGGUUCUGUUGCUGGUUUUGGCCUGGAUUUGGCUGCAAAUUCUGUACUUGGGCUUCAAUUUUCAGAAGAAUUUUGGUUGUGUGAGAGAUCCCUCCGCAAAGACCAAGGAGAAACAGGCCUAUCAAAUUAUCAAGGACGAGAACAAGAAAUUGGGUUCCAUGAAAUUUGCAGAGAUUGCAGUCCUGGUCCUCUUCAUCCUGCUGGUACUGCUCUGGUUUACAAGAGACCCUGGUUUCAUACCUGGCUGGGCAACAGUUCUCUUCAACAAAAAUGAUACGAGCUUUGUCACUGAUGCGACAGUUGCCAUCUUCAUUUCACUGUUGCUGUUCAUCAUCCCUUCCGAAUUCUCUAUCCAGAAGCAGACAGGCAGCAAGACAAAGAUCCGAGCACCUCCAGCUCUCCUGAACUGGAAAGUAGUUCACAAGAAAAUGCCAUGGAACAUCGUGCUCCUGCUGGGUGGUGGCUUUGCCUUGGCCAAAGGCAGUGAGGAAUCCGGUCUGUCCGGAUGGUUGGGUACCAAACUCACUCCUCUGGAGCACAUCCCUCAUCCAGCCAUUGCGUUCGUGUUGUGUCUCCUUAUUGCUACUUUCACUGAGUGUGCCAGCAACGUGGCCACCACCACCCUCUUUCUCCCUAUCCUGGCUUCAAUGGCUCAAUCUAUCUGCCUCAAUCCACUCUAUGUCAUGCUGCCCUGCACACUUUCGGCAUCGUUGGCAUUCAUGCUCCCAGUGGCCACCCCCCCCAACGCCAUUGUCUUCUCAUACGGACAUCUCAAGGUUAUAGACAUGGCCAAAGCUGGAUUUGUACUCAACAUCUUGGGCGUUCUGACAAUAAAUCUGGCCAUCAACACCUGGGCUUCAUCCUUGUUCAAGCUGAAUACCUACCCAUCUUGGGCAAACUCAACGUAUUGUUAGUGACACAAGGGAAUCAAGAACUGCACCUAUUAGGACCAUAACAUGAGCAAAUCCAUCACUGACCCAAGCUUUGCUGAGGCAGUGGUUAAGAGACAGCUGUAUUCUGUGCAAAAGGACUUGCUAUCUAUGGGGAAGAUCAACCCAUUGAUAAGGUGAGGCAAUCUCCUGCCUUUCAGCUGUUCCAGGUGUCUUCAGACUUUCUGCCUCUGCAGGGGAGCAUUUUCUCCAAGUACUACACUGUUUUUCAGGCUCUGCAUGUAAAGUCCUAAACCUGCAGUGAAUGAGAAAGAACUGUGUAUAUAUAUAUAAUACAUAUAAAAGAAUAUAUAUAUAAAUAUAUAUAUAUAAAAGAAUGGAGAGAGACUCUGUGUACUGACUUCAUGCCUGUGUUUGUGUAUCAGCACUAAUGUGAAUAUUCACCUACAGGCACCAGUGUGUAUGUUCCAUAUGUACAUAAUGUCGUAUACUCUGUGGGCAAGAGAUAAAUCACUUGCUGUCAGCCUAUCCUAUGACUUUGAAAUGUAUAUAUUUACAGCCUACUCUGUUUUGAACGUAGAGGAUUGCUUUUAUCCUGAAACAUCCAUCCCGUUGUUGUUUAAGCAGCAUUACAGUCUGCAAUGUCAUGGCAGGAAUAGAAAUAUUCCCCUGAGAAGGACCUUGUGUCCUAAAGUGUAUAUGAUUAAUUAAAGGCUACUGUUUUUUAUGCUCAUGUACAAAUAUCACUGUAA